AUGCAUGAACCAGAGACAGAGAUCUUCUUCACUGGGCACCUCGUUGCUAGUAUGGUAGGUAGUAUCCCGGUGAUUGUCGUGGGAAAAGGAAAGUGGGUGGUCCACUGUGGCCAACACUUCGAGCUGGUUGAGGAAUUUCACAAGGCCCGCGUCUGGGGAUCUGGAUAUGUAACGGGUGUCAAUUAUAACCGGAUCGCUUUUCGACGAAUUUAUGUGACUGUUCAGGACCCAUCUACCAAGCCGGGAGCCCGCAUACGACUUCUUGCCUGGGACUCGGAGGUUUUGGAUCAGAUGCGUCAGCUCAAACGUGGGGACUGGAUCAAGUUUGGCGGGAAGGUUGGGAUUGAUGCGUACAAGGACCUUCACAUUGCGGAAACAACAGUCAACACCAUGGACCUCUUGGGACAAUCAGAAUCAACUCGAUAUUUCCUCAGGCCUGAUCCCAAAAAGAUCCAAAUGUUGAGAGUAGACGAUUGGGCCCUCAAGAAGCUGCAAAAGAAACAACAAGGCAAAAAGAGAUCAUCCCAGUCAUCCUUGCUUAGAUUUCAAUAA